GGAACCCCAAUGGAAUUCUUUAAAAGCGCGCUCUCUCCCCUCAUGGGGUCAGGCAAUUCUCUGCAAGAUACAUUGAAGUUGGUCGUCAUCGGAGGAACUGUCGAAACAGCUCGGCGAGCAUCCGUUUCUGCAUGGAGUGGUUUCGUCGAUUCGUUCUUUCUCACCGCGCACUUCAGUCAAGAGGACUACCCAUAUGAUUGGUUGAUGCAUUGGCUUUCCAAGCAACCAGCAUGGGGUCGCAGCCGAGAAUUCGAAAUCACCACGCGUACAAUUGGCCGAAAUGGGCUCACACAAUCGACGACCGGCGAUUUGGAAGAGGAAGAGGUUGAUGGGGAUGAAGAUGAUGAACUUGUGCAUGGGCGUCGGAAGCGCAAGGUGGCGUUCAUGCCUAGUCUUGACACGACGCAUACCAUCUAUUACCGUGGACACUGGCUACGUAUAACCCGGACGAAGAGAUUCCAGGAAUAUGGCCACUAUUCUGCCUUGAAAAUAAGUGUCGUUGCUCGGAAUAACGACAUUCUCAAGAGGCUGGUCCUAGAGGCGAAGCGUGAGUACGAGAAGGACGCAGAACAUCGUGUGCACAUUUUCAUGGCAGACACGACGUACGGUUGUUGGAGGUGGAAUGGAGCACGCCAAAAGCGGCCGAUGAGCUCUAUCGUGCUUGAGCCCGCCGUAAAGGAGAUGCUUCUGGCGGAUUGCAAGGACUUCUUACGUUCGGAGGACUGGUACGCUGAAAGAGGUAUCCCGUUCCGUCGAGGGUACUUGUUGCAUGGUGUGCCAGGCAGUGGGAAGACGUCCCUCAUUCAUUCCAUGGCUGGUGAGCUCGGCCUCGACAUCUAUGUCGUCAGUCUGUCUUCGAAAGGUAUGAGUGAUAACACGUUGACAACCCUAAUGGGGAAUGUCCCGUCAAGAUGUAUUUUGCUUUUGGAGGACUUGGAUGCUGCAUUCACUCGCUCCGUCAGCAGAGACUCGACCUCCACGGGCGCGCCCGCUGCUACUGCGAAAACCGCAACAGAGACCAACGACGGAUCCACUCUCAGUUUGAGUGGACUACUGAACAGUCUUGAUGGUGUCGCAGCUGCAGAAGGCCGGUUGCUUUUUGCGACGACCAAUCAUAUUGAACGACUAGAUCCCGCACUUAGUCGCCCAGGACGAAUGGAUGUAUGGGUUAACUUCAAGAACGCCACUAGGUGGCAAGCGGAGGGCAUUUUCAAGUGCUUCUUCCCGUCUAAGCCCACUGCCACGCCUUCAGGAGAAACUUCUUCGCCGCAAGACAGCUCGCAGAGAAACCUCCCAAUCCCCAAGCGGAAGCAGUCUUCACAUGCAGUUCCAUUACUUGAAGAGGCAGAGAUUUCUGAACUUGCCAAGCGCUUUGCAGAUGCGAUUCCUGAUGACGAAAUGAGCGUCGCUAGUCUCCAAGGAUAUCUUUUGAAGAACAAAACGCGGCCACGCGAAUGUGUUGACGAAGUGGCAGAAUGGAUACUCCAAGAGCGUGAGACGCGCAUCAGACUAAAGCGUGAGAAGGAAGAGCGUGAGGCCAAAGAAAAGAAGGAGAGACUUGAUAAAAAAGAAGCACGAAAGAAGGCGAGAAACGCCGGGCGUCCUGACGCACCUCCUCCCGUCAGCACUGACGUAAUAAUGCCGCCACCGCCUGUUGCGACCACCGAUGCUCCAAGUACCACGUACUCGAUUGAGACAAGCAGUCCUGACGAUGAUGAUAGCUCUUCCGAGGAGGAAGACUCAGAGGCCGCCGCGAACGAGGCGGACGCCGAGGACAGCGUGACUUCGGAAGGAGAGUCUGAGCGCCCGGGUAACGAAAGCGCCACCCCUGAAGGGCAAACCAUGGCUGCUGAGAAAUGGAUUGCAGUCAAGGGGCAACCAACAUCACCUGAGCCGUAG